AUGCCAUGCAUAAAUACGGUGAGCAAGAAAUUAAUUCCAUCAAUUACGAACAAUCUUAAAUCAAUUUUAAUGCUAGAGUCGAAGGAAUGUCAUUUCAUUACAAUUACUUGUGAUAGUUGGACAUUGGGUAAAAAUAGCUACCUCGGUGUGACUUGUCAUUUUAUGGACGAAAAUAUGAAUUUAGUUGACCGAAACCUGGAUCUUAAGUUUAUGUCUGAAAUGAAAACAGCUGAAUAUUUAUUUAAUAAGUUAAACGAAAUCUUCAGUGAAUGGUCAAUCAAUAAUAAGAUUUUUGCACUAGUUACUGACUCAGGUGCAAAUAUUUUCUCUGCAGUAAAUAAAUUUGCUGAUAAUGUUCUUAAGAUUCCGUGUGCUGGUCAUCGUUUGAAUCUCGUGGUUAAUGAUCUUCUAAACGCGAGAGAUAUAAAAGUAAAAAAAAUUAAAAAUGGGUCAAAGCGUUACGAAAUAAUAGAUUACGACGGUAAUGGAAAAUUAAUUAAUAGAGAAACUACAGAAAGUGAAGUUAAAGAAAUUGAAAAAAUUAACGAAGGCAAAUUAGAAAUCGCCAAGGUAAUUUCAUCUUGCAGGCACAUUGUUGGCUCAUUAAAGCAUUCAGAGAUGUUACAAAAAAAGUUAAAAGAAGUUCAAGAAACACUUCGUUAUAAAACUAAAAUAAAGUUAGUACAGGAUAUAGCUAUUCGCUGGAAUAGCCAAUUUGAUAUGAUUGAAUCUAUAUUAACAAAUAAAACUGCAUUGGGUAUGAUAAGCAUCGAAUUUCCAAAUAUAAAAGACUAUCUUUCCACUGCAGCUGAAUUUAAGGUGCUGGAGGAUUUGUGUGAUUCGUUACACCCAAUUAAAGAGCUAACCAAACUUUUUAGCGGAAAGAAAUAUGUUACAGUAACAUUCUUGUUUCCAACUUGUUUCUCUACUAAAUGGAAUACUUGA